GCCCUUGGAGAAGAAAGGAAAAAUAAGUGUAGUCAAGCACCCACCGCAGGAGGCUGGGACUCGUUCCAUCAACCUGGAUUUACAACCGUUUCACGGAGAUUGGAGCAUAAAGAAGAGAUUUUUCAAAAAGCAGCGAGGAUUGGAUCGCUCUCUGGAAAUUUGUCCAACUAAGUAACAGUCACGUGAUUCACCUGUGCAGCUCAGAAUCCAAGGAAAAGAACAAAGAAUGGAUCAGAACUUCUUCGGAGGGGCCCCCCGGUUUCUCACUCGGCCGAAGGCUUUCUCUGUGUGUGUGGGGAAGGAUGCUGCACUCAGCUGCACCAUCGUGGGCAGCCCCACCCCAGUCGUAAGCUGGGAAAAAGACAAGCUCAAGCUCACGUCUGGGGGCCGCUUCAAGACCGUGGAGGAUGGAGAUGUGUACCGCCUGACCAUCUAUGACCUAACACUGGAAGAUAGCGGCCAGUACAUGUGCCGAGCCAAAAACAGUGUUGGGGAGGCGUACGCUGCUGUGACCCUGAAAGUGGCCCUGCCAGCAGAGAUGUCUCAGAGGGCCCCUGCCUUCAUGGUGAAGCCGUCCUCCACACGUGUGGGCUUGGGGGGAGAUGUCGUCUUCCACUGCCGGGUGGCAGCUCACCCUGAGGCCAACUUUGAGUGGGAGAAGGAUGGGCGCUACCUCGGAGAGACCAACCGCAUCAAGAUAGUCUCUGACGGCGACAGCAGCACAUUAAAGAUUCAGAGUGUUCGCAGUCUGGACGGCGGCACCUACACCUGCAGGGCCCAAAACUCUGCAGGCCGUUCCCAGGCUGCAGCGACCCUUGGCGUUGACACGCAGGAUGCUCGCCACACGUCUGUGGACAAAAACACCUCCCUGCUCUCCCAUCUGCAAAAGCGCAAAGAGGAAAUGAAGAAGGACAUUUCCAUCUAUCACUCUGAAGAAAAGAGCAGCUCUGUCUCUUCCUCCUCCACAACCAACGUUGCCGACGUGUUGAGUUCACUGAACCUGGAACACCAGUUAAGGGCAUCUGCUCUGGCCAAGCUUCCCAAGGGUGUGUUCACCCGCACGUGCACAGUGACUGAGGGGAAACAUGCCAAACUCAGCUGCUUAGUGACAGGUCACCCCAAACCGCACAUCAUCUGGAGGAAGGAUGGGACUAACAUCAGCGAAGGCCGCAGGCACGUCAUCUACGAGGACCAGGCCGAGAACUUCAUCCUGAAGAUCCUGUAUUGCAAGCAGAGCGAUAACGGCCUUUACACUUGCAAUGCCACAAACAUGGCUGGGCAGACCUACAGUGCUGUGUUGGUUACAGUGAAAGAGCCUAAAGUUCCAUUUAGGAGGAAGCUGCAGGAUGUGGAGGUGCAGGAAAAAACCUCGGCCAAGCUCAUGUGUGAGGUCCCUCUGGUUGCCACUCAGGCCAACUGGUUCAUGGAGGAAACGCGCCUGGAGCAAAGUUACAAGUAUCACAUGGAGGAGGACGGCACCGUGCGUCGCCUCACCAUACAUAAUGUCACCACCAACGAUGAUGGCGUUUACAUCUGUGAGAUGAAGGAGGGCAGCCGGACUGUCGCUGAGCUCACUGUCCUAGGUAACAUCACUAAAAAGCUUCCUCGAAGAACAGUAGUUCCUGUCAGUGACACGGUCAUCUUCUGCGUGGAGCUGGAACAUCCGUGCCCGGAUGUGUACUGGACUCGGAACGGCGAGAAGUUGAAGCAAGAUUCCCGCAUUUCGAUUGCUUCCACGCUCAGACAGUACACCCUGACCAUCAGGGAUUGUCAGGCAGACGACUCCGGAGAAGUGGCCUUUGUGGCUGGAGACUGCAAAACCUCCACACGAUUCUCUGUUACAGCUGCACGGAAACAUCCUCCUGACCCCCCCGUCGAUGCCGUGGUGCAGAACAAGUCUGACUCCUCGAUCACCUUUGGGUGGGCUCCUCCUGACAGCGACCGUCCUGUACCCAUCAAAGGCUAUGUCGUGGAGAGAAGGAAAGUUGGCGCCUCUACCUGGCAAAGGUGCAACGCUGGAGAACUCAUUGUUACAACUGAGAUCUCAAUCUGCAACUUCACUGAAGAAGCUAGCUACCAAUUCCGCAUUUCUGCUGUUAAUGACUUUGGGCAGAGUCCUUACCUGGAGGUUCCUGGAAGCUUCUUUCUUGAGCCCACUGCAGACCUGAGGAAAGGUCUGGCGGACAGCUCUGCAGUUUCCGGGCAGGAGUUCUCUCUGUCCGUGGAACUGUCCGCUGUUUGCUCGGGCUUCUGGUCUUUAAAUGGACGCCUCCUGCGUAGUGGAGCUGACUACCUCAUCACCAGGUCAAAGACCACCCACACACUGGUCAUCCGCAACGUGACGAUGGAAAUGAACGGAGCUGAAGUUAAAUUUGUGGGUGGAGGGUCAGAGAGCAGCUGCAUUUUAUCUGUAAAGGCCCCUCCUGUUAGGUUCACCAACAAGUCAGAUCUUCCUGCAGAGGUGACCUGCAGUGUUCAAGAUGCCGCUGAGCUUACUGCUGAGGUCUCAGACUUUGAAGCGGAGGUUGUUUGGAUGAAAAAUGGUCGGGAGGUAAAAGUUGGCAAGAAGUAUGAAUAUGUGGUGAUGGAUCGAAAGAGGACCCUGGUAGUUCACAACGUAACGGAGGAAGAUGUGGGCAUUUAUGAGUGUGUUUUAGGAAAUGAAAAGUUACCCAUAAAACUCAACCUGAAAGACGAACCUGCCAAAUUUCUGAACAAAGCAAGAGGAACUAUGGGAUUGUCAUCCUCACUCAAAGGAGAUCUUGAGUUGAGCUGUGAAGUCUCUCCUGCCAGCGGUGUUGUUGUUUGGAGAAAGGAUCAAGUAGAAAUUACGGAGGACCAAAGAACUAUAAUCUUUUCAAAAGGGACUCACAGGAAGCUCAUCAUCAAGGGCGCCAAGAAAAGUGAUGAAGGCCAUUACUCCUGUGAGACGGCAGCCGACAAAGUCACAUUCCAUGUCAAAAUCAAAGAAGCUCAAGCCCAAGCUUUUUUCACCAACAAAGAGUCCGUCCAGAAGGAGGUGAGGGCGACUCUUUCCCAGAAAGUAACACUUAGCUGUGAAGUGUCUGACUGCAAGAUGGAGGUGAAAUGGCACAAAGACGGCAAGCUGCUUGGGUCAAGUCGGACGGUGUACCCAGAGGCAAAGGGGGCUGUCCGUCAGCUGGUGAUUGAAAAAGCAGAGAGGAGUGAUGCUGGAGAGUACACAUGUGAAGCCGGAGGGGAGAAGCUUUCCUUUAGGAUCCUUGUGUCAGACGUUCAACCAACGUUCCUCAACAAGGACUUGGUUCAGAAGGAAGUGAAAGCCACCGUUUCCCAGAAAACCACUUUAAGCUGUGAGGUUGCGGAUACCAAAACAGAGGUCAAGUGGUUUAAAGAUGGCAAGCAGCUGACCUCCAGCAAAACUGUUCACACUGAAUCAAAAGGAAAACUUCGUCAGCUGGUGAUAGACAGCGUGGAGAAGAAAGAUGCUGGAGAGUACAUUUGUGAGGCUGGCCCAGAGAAGAUGGCUUUUAAGAUCCAAGUAGCAGAGAUGCAGCCGGUCUUCUCCAACAAAGAUUCAGUCCAGAAGGAGAUGAAAGCCAAUGUGUCCCAGAAGGCCACUCUCAGCUGUGAGGUGUUUGAUUCCAACACUGAAGUGAAAUGGUACAAAGACCAAAAGCUCAUCACUUCCAGUAAAACUGUUCAUGUCGAGGCAAAGGGGAAGAUUCGCCAGUUGGUAAUCGACGGCUUGGACAAGAAGGACGCUGGAGAGUACACCUGUGAAUCUGGGACUGAAAAGCUGGUCUUUAAACUUCAGGUGGCAGACACGCAGGUGCAGUCGGCUUUCCUUAAAAAAGAAUCAGUCCAGAAGGAGGUGAAGGCCACGCUCUCCAAGACUGCCACUCUGACCUGCGAGGUGGCUGAUGCCAAAACGGAGGUGAAAUGGUUCAAGGAGGGCAAACUGGUGACAUCCAGCAAGACGGUUCAUGCAGAGUCUAAAGGGAAGAUGCGGCAGCUGGUCAUCGACAGCGUGGAGAAGAGAGAUGCUGGAGAAUACAGCUGUGAGGCUGGAACUGAGAAGAUGACUUUUAAAAUACACCUGGAUGAAGGUCAACCCAAAUCUGGCUUCUCCAACAAGGAGUCAGUCCAGAAGGAGGUGAAGGCCACGCUCUCCAAGACCGCCACUCUGACCUGCGAGGUGGCUGAUGCCAAAACGGAGGUGAAAUGGUUCAAGGAGGGCAAACUGGUGACAUCCAGCAAGACGGUUCAUGCAGAGUCUAAAGGGAAGAUGCGGCAGCUGGUCAUCGACAGCAUGGAGAAGAAAGAUGCUGGAGAAUACAGCUGUGAGGCUGGAACUGAGAAGAUGACUUUUAAAAUACACCUGGAUGAAGGUCAACCCAAAUCUGGCUUCUCCAACAAGGAGUCAGUCCAGAAGGAGGUGAAGGCCACGCUCUCCAAGACCGCCACUCUGACCUGCGAGGUGGCUGAUGCCAAAACGGAGGUGAAAUGGUUCAAGGAGGGCAAACUGGUGACAUCCAGCAAGACGGUUCAUGCAGAGUCUAAAGGGAAGAUGCGGCAGCUGGUCAUCGACAGCGUGGAGAAGAAAGAUGCUGGAGAAUACAGCUGUGAGGCUGGAACUGAGAAGAUGACUUUUAAAAUACACCUGGAUGAAUCUGCGUCUGCCUUCUCCAACAAAGAUUCUGUUCAGAAGGAGGUGAAGGCCGCGCUCUCUGAAAAAGUCACCCUGAAGUGCGAGGUGGCCGAUGUGAAGACAGAGGUCAAAUGGUACAAGGACAACAAACUACUGAUUUCAAGCAAGACGGUUCAUGCAGAGUCAAAGGGAAAAAGCCGCAUGCUGGUUAUUGACAGCAUGGAGAAGAAAGACGCUGGAGAAUACACAUGUGAAGCUGGGAGUGAAAAGUUGGAUUUCAAACUAAAGUUAUCAGAUGUGGCUGUCAAGUUCCAGAAGAAGUCCGUUAAGGAGAAAUAUAUUUUUGAAGCAAGUGAAAACAUUGUUUUGGCCACUGAGCUGACCGCACAGAGCGGCAGCGUCAGGUGGUUCAGAGAUGAGGUGGAGCUCAAGGAGGGCGGCAAGUAUGAAAUGAAAAGAGAUGGCCUCUCCCGGACUCUGACGGUGAAAUGUUCAGACGCCAAAGACAGCGGGACGUACUCCUGUCAGACCUCAGAUGACAAAGUGGAGUUCAAGGUUCAGGUUCAAGAUGCAGCUUUGAAGUUUGUUGUUCCUUUGAAAGCUGCUUCAGUGGAGUCAGGCGGCACACUUAGCCUGGUUUGUGAAUUAAACAAGGCCUUGGGCGAUGUUGUCUGGAAACAUGACGGCAAAGAGAUCAAACCCGGGGGCAGGCACUGCAUCGGAGUAGAUGGUGCAAAGCGAGCUCUCACUCUGACCGGCAUGACGAAAGAAGAUGAAGGAGACUACAGCUGCGACUGUAAAAGUGACAAGACUUCUGCUAAAGUUACCACCAAAGCGCCACGACUCGUGAGGCUGACCACCAAGCUGAACAAUGUUGUUGCCACGGAGGGAAAAGACGCCAUUUUUAAGUGCGCCGUAACGCCAGUGGAUGCCAGUGUUAAGUGGUUCCACAAAAAUGUUCCCAUCACCGUUGGUCCAAAGUACAAGACUGAACACGGCGCAGGGACUCACUCACUCACCAUCGCCUCUGUCACCCAGAAAGAUGCCGGCGAGAUAAGCGUUGAUGCAGAAGGCAAAACUUGCAAAGCAACUCUGCAAGUUCAGCAUGAACCUGUGACCUUCCAGAAAAAGCUGGAAAACCUGACGGUGGAGGAGCAGAGUGAGGUCAAACUGGAGGUAGAGCUCAGUAAGGCUUCCGAUGAGGUCAGGUGGAUGAAGAACAGUGUGGUGCUGCAGCCUGCAGGAAACAUUGAGAUUCGUCUCGAUGGAGCUAAGCAGGCUCUAGUCUUCAAGAGAAUCACCUAUGAUGACCGAGGACUCUAUUCUUGUGAAACUCUGGAUGAUAAAACUCAGGCCAAGCUUACCGUGGAAAGGAAGAAGAUCCGUGUCAUUAAGGGUCUCGCAGACACCAAAGCGCAUGAAGCAGAGAGUGCAAAGUUUGAGGUAGAGCUCAGUCAAGAAGAUGUUGAGGGCUCAUGGACCAGAGAUGGGACCAAGUUGAAGACUGGAGCAAACUGCAGGAUCGCAGUCCUUGGAAACAAGCACACCCUGACGCUGUCUAAUCUUAGGAGAGAAGAUGCUGGAACUAUUUCCUUUAAGGCAGAAGGAGUCCAUACUUCAGGCAAACUGGUUGUCACGGAACCUCCUGCGCUGAUCUGCAAACCUUUAAUGGAUAUUAAAGUUUCAGAGAGGGAAAAGGUUGCUUUUGAAUGUGAGGUUUCUAGAGCCAACGCUGAGGUUAGAUGGUUGAAGGAUGAUCUAGAACUGAAACCCGGGAGAAACUUCGGCAUUCAUUCCUCAGGACAAAAACGCACUUUGAUCAUCACCAAAUGCACGCCUGAAGAUGCAGGCACCUAUGUCUGCCGCACAGCCGAUGACAGCACCUCAGCUAAGCUCAGCGUUCACGUCAGGGAUAUAAAGGUUGUGAAGAAGCUGGAAGAUGUUGAAGUAAUGGAGAAGGAGAGCGCGACUUUUGUUUGUGAAGUUUCACACGACGAUGUGGAGGGCCACUGGUACAAAGGAAACGCCAAACUUAAAGCCAGUGACAACAUCAAGAUGAGACAAGAGGGCAAAACCUAUGUGUUGUUGUUUAAGUGUGUUUCCCCUGAAGAUAUGGGGGAGAUUAAAUUUACAGCAGAAAAGGCAUCUUCAGUUGCAAAACUCAAAGUUAAAGAACUGCCUGUCAAGUUUGUGAAGAAGCUCAGAGAUAAGAUAGCCAUGUACAAACAUCGGGUCCACCUUGAGUGCCACGUGUCCCGCGCCAGCGCAGGGGUGAAGUGGUUCAAAAACAAGACGGAACUUAAACCCAGCCAAAAAUACGAGAUUAAAAGCGAAGACGUGUACCGAAUGCUCACCAUCAACGACGUGGACUCUGGCGACGAAGAGACUUACACCUGUGACGCCACUGAUGACAGGACGUCCUGUAAACUACUGGUAGAAGAACAGUCCAUCAGCAUUGUGCAGGAGCUGAGCUCCGUGGAGGUGACCGAGCCCUUUGCAGCUGUUUUUGAGGUGGAAAUCAGUAUGGAGCUGGUCAAACCUCCUGCUUGGACUUUGAAUGGAGUUCCCAUUCAGGAGGGUCCUGAUGUUGAGAUGGAGAAAGAAGGCACCAUGCAUCGCCUCACCUUCAAAAAGACAAAAGCCUCCAUGACGGGGCUUGUGCAGUUCACCGCUGGGAAAAGUAAAUCCUCAGCUCAGCUCACAGUUAAAGAGCGUCCGCUUGAGAUUGCUGAGCCAAUCUCUGAUGUGAAUGCAAAGGAGAAAAGCUCCGCCACACUCACCUGCAAAUUCUCAGCCACACCAAAAGAGGUCAAAUGGUUCAAAGGUCAGGAGCUUCUAACAGCAUCAGACAAGUACAGCACGAAGCAAAAAGCUGCGACAGCGCAACUCACUAUCCAACGGCUGACAGAGGAGGACAGUGGCGAGUAUCGCUGCCUGUCUGGACCUGCUGAGUCCAAAGGCACACUGACUGUUGAAGCACGGGAAAUUAAGAUCACGAAGCAUCUGGCCGACGCUGAGGUGGAUGAAGACAGCGAUGCCGUCUUCACAUGUGAGAUCAAUUAUGCAGAUGAAGAGGCGCAGUGGCUUCUGAACGACAAGGUGCUCUUCACGAACGAAGUCAACACCAUCACGCACGACGGAAAGGUCCACAAACUCACGCUGAAAAACCUGGCGCCAAAAGAUGGAGGAACCAUCACAUUUCAAGUGCGGAAGGUGAAAGAGUCUGUCGCACUCAAGGUUAAAGAAAAGCGUGCAGUGUUCCUCAAAUCACUAGAUGAUGUUACUGGGGAGGAAAAGGGCAUGAUAACUCUGACAUGCGAGGCAUCAAAGCCAAGGGUCUCCCCAGUUUGGAAAAAAGAAGGUAAAGUCCUGAAAGCUGGACCCAAGUAUGAGCUCCUGCACACGGGCAAGUCUUUAGGGCUGAUCAUAAAGGAUGUGACCAAAGACGAUGCUGGAGAAUACAGUUGUGAUCUCGGUACGGAGGUCUCUAAGUCAAAGGUCAUUGUGAGAGAAAUUGGUAUCGGAAUCACAAAAUGGCUGAAAUCUACAGAGGUGAACGAAGGAGAGACGUGCAGCUUUGAGUGCAUUCUGUCUCGAGAGAGCACUGAUGACUUCCUGUGGACGGUCAACGGCAAAACUGUGGCGAACGACGGCCGCGUGAAGAUAGCCAAUCAAGGACGCAAGUACAUGCUGACGAUUAAAGAUGUCACCCCUGAUGAUUCUGGUGAGGUGGUCUUCAGCAUCAAGGACCUGAGCUCCAGAGCAAGAUUAACAGUUGAAGGAAAAGCAUCCUCCAUAUCAAAAGCACUUCAGACUGUUACUACCGUUCAAGGUGAAGACGCAGUUUUUACCUGUGAGGUGACACAGGCUGGUUCUUCUGUUAAGUGGGCCAAAGAUGGCAAGGCCAUAAAGGUGAGCCAGAAGUAUGAGAUCAGUCAACAGGAUACGGUCAGGAAGCUGAUCAUCCGCAGUGUAUCCUCCAAAGACUGCGGCGAAUACAGUUGUGAAGUCGUUGGAGGCGCAACAACCAAAGCCAAGCUGGAAAUAAAAGAACCGAUCCAUAAAUUUGUUAAGGCCCUGGAGGACAGCCAAGCAGAUGAGAAAAGCUCUGUGACUUUGAAGUGUGAGACAGCACAAACCCCAUCCACGGUAACAUGGCUCAAAGGCCACACCGAGCUCAAGGCUGGCAGUCGAUAUGUGAUGUCCCAGAAGGAAGGGGUGAUAACCCUCACCAUCAAAGACCUGGAGGAGAAGGAUACGGACAUCUACACGUGUGAUGUGGGAACCGCGAAGAGCAUGGCAAAAGUGACGGUUAAAGCCCUUCCAGCCACUUUUACCAAGAAUCUGAUCAAUCAGACUAAAGCGGAAGGAGAGGUUGUGUUAUUGUGCUGUGAAUUAUCCAAACCGGCUGCCACUGUUCAGUGGAAAAAAGGCUCAGAACUUCUAAAACCAGGAGAAAAGUAUGACAUGAAGCAAAAAGCAACUUCCUGUGAAAUUCAAAUCAAGAGUUUGACGAUUGAAGAUAGUGGAGAAUAUUCUUGUGCGGUUGGGGACCAGAAAACAUUUGCUACCUUAAAAGUCACUGCGCUGCCUCCAAACUUCGUGCAGAAGCUGAAAAGCGAAGAAGCUGAAGAAGGAGCCGGUGUUGCUUUAAUGUGUGAACUCUCGAAAGCCGGAGUUCCAGUGGUGUGGAGGAAAGGAACAGAGGUCCUGAAGUCUGGAGGGAAAUACCAGAUGAGGCAGAAGGCCACUGUUUAUGAACUCCUUAUCAACAAAGUCGCCCCAGAAGACGGUGGAGAGUACAGCUGUGUGUGUGGAACGCAGAAGACAACAGCAAACCUAGAUAUCAAGGUCUCGCCAACGACCUUCAAACAGACUUUAAAGAGUCAAGAAGCGGAGGAGGGAGCCAGCAUUACUCUGAGCUGUGAGCUCUCCAAACCCGGACUUCCUGUGGAGUGGAAGAAAGGAACCCAGGUCCUGAGGUCUGGAGAGAAGUACCAAAUGAAGCAGAAUGCUUCUGUAAACGAACUCCUAAUCAACAAGGUGGUGCCUGAAGACAGCGGAGAGUACAGCUGUGUGUGUGGAGACCAGAAGACCACAGCCAGCCUCAACAUUAAGGCCCAACGCGUGACCUUCAAACAGACUUUAAAGAGUCAAGAAGCUGAGGAGGGAGCCAGCGUUACUCUGAGCUGUGAGCUCUCCAAACCUGGACUUCCUGUGGAGUGGAAGAAAGGAACCCAGGUCCUGAGGUCUGGAGAGAAGUACCAAAUGAAGCAGAAUGCUUCUGUAAACGAACUCCUAAUCAACAAGGUGGUGCCUGAAGACAGUGGAGAGUACAGCUGUGUGUAUGGGGACCAGAAGACCACAGCCAGCCUCAACAUUAAGGGCCAGCGCGUGACCUUCAGACGAACACUGGAGAGCACAGAAGCUGAGGAGGGAGCCAAGGUUACUCUGAGCUGCGAGCUCUCCAAACCUGGACUUCCUGUGGAGUGGAAGAAGGGAACUCGGGUCCUGAAGUCCGGAGAAAAGUACCUGAUGAUGCAGAAGGCCUCUCUUUAUGAACUAGUGAUCAAAGAGGCGAUGCCUGAGGACAGUGGGGAGUACAGCUGUAUGUGUGGAGACCAGAAGACCACAGCCAGCAUCAAGAUCAACGCUUGUCCACCUGUGUUCACUAAAGAACUGCAAAGCCAAACAGUGGAGGAGGGAGACAGUGUUACAUUACAAUGUGAGCUCUCUAAAGCUGAUGUUCCUUUGGAGUGGAGAAAGGGCCAACUUGGUCUUUGUCCUUGUGCCAAAUAUGAGAUUAAACAAACAGGACGCCUGGCUAAAUUAGUAAUCCAUGAUGCCGAUCCAGAGGAUUCUGGAAGUUACACAUGUGACACUGGUGACCAUCAAAGCACGGGCGACUUAACUGUGAAGGCCAAGCCAGUACUUUUCAAAACCCAGCUACACAACCUUGAAAGCGAGGCAGGACAGAGUGCUAGUUUUCGAUGUGAGACCACAAAGCCAGGAGCCAUUGUGGUCUGGAAGUGUGCUGACAGGAUUUUGGCAACCAGUAGCAAGUAUCAACUGAAGCAGGAUGGAGCUGUAGUGGAACUUGUCAUCCAUAAACUGCAGAGUGCUGACUCAGGGGAAUACUCGUGUGAUACAGGCUACCAGAGGACGUCAGCUGUCCUCACAGUGAAGGAGGUGGAGGUUAGCAUUCUGAAAUUCUUGGAGAGCUGCGUUGUUCAUGAAGGAGAAGACGUCUGCUUCCAGUGUCUGCUUUCUCACGAAGACACGCCUCCAGUCCAGUGGAAACUGCAGGAUGUCCCUCUACAAAAGAAUGAGAUGAACUUGAUUAAAGCGGAGGGGCGGCAGCACAGUCUUACACUUAGAGGUGUCACUACAGCAGACUCUGGAACCGUCACUUUCACGGUGGGAAACCACAACUCCACUGCCUCCCUGACAGUCAAAGCGGCACCAGUUUCAUUCAAGAAGGAGCUGGAAAAUCAAGUGUCUGCAGAAGGUGGUGAGGCCUCAUUGUCCUGUGAGACAACCAGCUCUGAUUGCAAGGUGACCUGGCGGAGAAACUCCACAAUACUCACCCACGGAAAGAAGUACACAAUGCAGCAAAGAGACGCUACUCACAUCCUGAUCAUACACAAGCUGGUAAAGGAGGAUAGUGGUGAAUAUACAUGUGUAACAGGAGACAAGAAAAGCACUGCAACUCUUACUGUAAAAGAGAAAGUCCGUAUCGUCCGAGAUCUCUGUGAUGUGACCGUGUCCACCGGUCAGGACGCUUGCUUUGAGGUUGAGCUGUCACACAUAGGCGUCACCAACUGGGAAUGGUGGCUUGGAGACAACCUCCUACAGAACAAUGAUCUAAAUCAAAUGAGCAGCCAAGGCAGAGUGCACCGCCUGGUUCUGAAGAUGGUAACCACAGAUGAAUCAGGGGAUGUUGCCUUCGUAGUUGGAGAAGAGAAGAGUGUGGCUUGCCUUUUGGUGGAGGAAAAACCCAAAGUGUUGAUACUCGAACAGCCGCAGAGCACUGUGGCAUUAGAAGGAGAAUCGGUCACCCUGGCCUGCUCCAUUUCUGACCCCACCGGUUCAGUCACCUGGAUCAGGAACAAUGUGGCCAUCCGAGCAGGUCUCAAGUAUGACCUGAAGAAGAACGGGGCUUUCCACCAGCUUCAUAUCCACAAUCUGGGUCUCGAUGAUUCAGGAACGUACACCUGUGACACUGGAGAUGCUCGCUGUGACGUCACGUUGACUGUGGAAGGUGCUCCUACGUUCUUCCAGAAAGAACUCAAGAACCAGGAUGCCGUAGAGGGUGAUGAUAUCACUUUGCACUGCGAGCUAUCUAAACCAGGUGUACAUGUUGAGUGGAGGAAGGGGGGUGUUGUCCUCCAGCCUGGUAAGAAGUAUGAAAUGAAGCAGGAAAAACGUGUUCAAAAGCUCUUUAUACGAAACCUGGAGCCGGAAGACAGUGGCUACUACACUUGUGAUGCAGGAAACCAGCUCACUACAGCUUCUUUAGCAGUGCAAGUAAAAGAAGUCUUCAUUGUUUCUGGUCUUAAGACCACCGAUGUCUUCGUUGGGGAAUGGGCAGUGUUCUCCUGCCAGCUCUCUGGUAGGGCACCCGGUAAGGUGCAGUGGUGGCUGGAUGGUACGCUGCUGGAGAACGGCCCCAAUGCUGAAAUAGGGGAGGGGGAGGGCCACAUCCACACACUGACCUUAAAGAACCUGGCCACAGAUGAUUCUGGCACUGUCGCCUUCAAAGCGGGCAGCUUAACCUCAGCAGCCAAGCUCUUAGUCAAAGAUCCAACAGUUGAAGUGGUGAGCAAGAUGGAGGACCUUUGGGUGCUUGAAAACCUUCCAGCUGAGUUCAUCUGUCAGUACUCACGGCCAGUCAAGGCUGAGUGGAGGAAAGAUGGACAGCCUUUGCAUCCUGAUGGCCAAAGGGUGGUAGUGGAGCAGGACUGGAAUGUGGCUCGCUUGUACAUCAAGCAUGUGUCCGCUGAGGACAGGGGUACAUACUCCUGUGAAGCAGAGGGGACGUGCGUAGCUGCCUCACUUUAUGUGGAAGCCAAACCCAUUACUAUUGUUCAAGGCCUGGAAAAUGUGGAAAUAUUUGAUGGAGGUGAAGCCCUCUUUGAGUGUGGACUGUCUCGACCUGAAAACAAAGACUGCUGCUGGCUGCUGGAUGGCAACCCAGUGAAGGAAUCCCCUACCGCUGAGAUUGUGACAUUUGAGAGUGGCCGUCGCCAUCUUCUCCUCUUGAAGGAAAUGCGUGUGAAAGACAGUUGUACAGUGACAUUUAAAGCCGGGACAGCUUCUACUUCUGCCAAACUCACCAUUAAAGCCUGGAAAGUGAACAUUGUGAAGGGUUUGGAGGACAGAGUGGCUGCAGUUGGAGAGAAAGUGGAGUUCUCCAUUCAGUUAGAGGAAGCCAUUCCCGCAGCAGAAGUGGCCUGGUAUGCGAAUGGAGUGGAGCUCAAACCCGGCGACCUCUGGACAAUGAGAGCUGAUGGCAGUGUUUACCAUCUUGUCCUGAGACAAGUACCCCUGUUGCCCCAGCAGGAAAUUACAUUUGCUGCUCGGGAUGCUCUCUCUUUGGCCAAACUUACCAUCAUUACUGUUCCUGAUCCUCCAGAAGACCCAGAGGUCCUCAGUAAAACUUCAGAGUCUGUCACCCUCUCUUGGUUCACUCCUCUUUAUGAUGGAGGAAGUCCAAUUCUAGGCUACAGAGUGGAAAUGCGGCUGGUGGACAGUGCACUUUGGCUCCCAUGUCAUUCCGAGCCGGUGUGCAACACGGAGUACGUAGUUGGGAAUCUCACUUCAGGGAGUGGAUACAGGUUUAGAGUGGCAGCAAUCAACAGAGCAGGGACCGGAGAGCCUGUGGAGCUGCCACUGACUGUGCAGCUUGCUACAAAACAGGAAGAAGUGCUAGUGCAACCCAAUCUGCCUCCCGAAGCAGCAGAAGAUGCAGAUCUCCAUGAGCUUUGGGAAGCAUCAACAAAGAAACGGAGAAUGAGUCGCGAACCAACUCUGGACUCAAUUUCUGAACAGCCAGAGGAAGACGGUAAAAAAGGGCUAGCAAAAAAAGCAGAGACAGGGCUCGUAUCAUCUCAGAAAGUGGAGAUAAAAUCCUCCGUAAAGGAACAGACUGUUGUGACUAGGACGGCAGAAUCCAAGCAGGCAAAUAGCGUUGAGGAAGAGAUUGUUUCUGGAGGUUCAACACUUGUGUCUUACCUCAAAAAAAGUAGCAAGACCGCUGUCGCAGAGGUCAGCGAAACAGAGACCUUAAGCACUGAGAAGUUCUUUGCUCAUUUCCAAGUGGGAGAACAGAAAACCGUGCAGCAGACUGAUGUAAAGUCAGUUGUAACUGAGCACAUAGACGAGAAACUGAUAUCCACAGAAGGUGCGAGCCUUAUGGAUAUCACAAAAGAAGAUGAGCCCGAGCUUAAACACGCUGCCAUUAAGAUUCAAGCAGCUUUUAAAGGUUACAAGGCUCGUAAGGACAUGCGCCCUGUCUUCAGAGAAGUCUUCAAAGAUCAGACCAUUGAACCAAACGGCACCAUCCACCUUGACUGUGUGACAGAAGGCAAACCUGACAAGGUUCGCUGGUUAAAAGACGGAGAGCCAGUGAUGGACGGCAAGCAUCAUCACGUUGACAUAUACAGUGAUGGUACUUGUUCUCUAGUCAUAACUGCUAUCACCACCAAGGACACAGGAGUUUACACUUGUGAGGUCAGCAACAAGUUUGGAACAACUUCUCAUAGCGCAAAGGUAACAGUGGGGACGGCAAGAGAAUCAUCAGGGCGCCGACCUUUGAGCGUCGGCUACAGUGCAGACAGUGAGCCAGAGAGCUCGUCUGGCAGUGAGAUGGAUGACUCCCUCAGGCAGGCAAGAAGACGCCUCCGGCGCCUCUUACGGACAUGUCUUCCCCCGGAUGUUGAGGAAGAACCGUUUGUCAGCGCAGAUGAAGGAGACCUGCAUCCCCCAGACCCCCACUCUUACCGCGAGGAUGACAAUUAUAUCUACAUCCGCUUUGAUUCACGGUCUGAGGCUGAAGUUGCUUCUAAGAGAUUCCAGGAGAUGUUCACCAUCCAUGGAGUCCCAAUCGAUACAGCUAUCGUAGCAGCAGGGCUUCACAAAGUGGAGCUACGAAUCAAAAAGAUGGGGUACAACCAAGACGGCACACAGACCCCCACACAGGAUCGACAGGCUCCUGCUUUCAUGGCUGGAGCUACAGCUGCCCCAGUCUUCCUGACAGAGCUGCGCAGUCAGGACGUUGCUGAUGGCUAUCCAGUCAGCUUUGACUGUGUGGUGAUCGGAAAGCCCCCUCCCACUGUUCGUUGGUACAAGGAUGGAAAACUGCUGGAGGAGAACGACCAUUACAUGAUCAACGAGGACCAAGAGGGCUGCCAUCAGCUUAUCAUCACCUCUGUGUUACCCACUGACAUGGGUGUCUACCGCUGCACGGCCGAGAACAGCAGCGGCAUUGCAGCCACUAAAGCCGAACUCAAGGUUGACAUGUCUUGCAGCUCAGAUUAUGACACUGCGGUUGAUGCUACCGAGACUUCCUCCUAUGUCAGUGCCAAAGGUUAUGCGUCCAGCAGGGAAACAGAGACUUUUGAGUCUGUAGCUGAAGACGAUCAGCUGCCUCAGGUCCUAGAUGAGCUUCAUGAUGUUCACGUCUGUCCAGGUUCACCUAUAGCAAAGAUGCAACUUAGAGUGAAAGGCUUUCCCAAACCCAGAGUGUACUGGUUUAAAGAUGGACAACCAGUUCACGCAUCGAGCAGGAUUCAGCUCUCAGUAGAGAGGGACGUCCACAGUAUCGAAAUCAUGGAGGUGAAGAGAGAAGACAUGGGCGAGUACUCUGCUUACAUCAGCAACGUAGCCGGAUCUGCCUACUCUUCUGCCCGACUGAUCGUGCUGAGUCCAGGGGAGAUUAUGCCAAAAGACAAAAAAGACUCUAAGGAGCCCCUGGUGCCGCCCCGCUUUCUGGAGAGGUUCUGCAACAGAAAAGUAAAACAAGGAGCGAGCAUCACUCUGUCUGUCAAAGUAGAAGGGUCUCCUACACCGAUGGUCUCCUGGUUAAAGGAAAAGUCGGAGGAGGAUGUCUUGUGGAUCAAGCCUGAGACGCCUAGAUACAAAAUAGCAAGUUCUGGGCGCCAGCACAGCCUGAUCCUGAUGGACGUAGAGUCUGAGCACAGCGCCAUCUACACCUGUAUUGCUACAAACAGAGCUGGACAGUGCGUCUGCACGGCUCAUCUGCAGGUGGAUGACACACCACAACCAAAGAAGGAAACAAUGCCUUCAAGUUCUCUUGGGAUCACAGUGAUUCCUCCAGGAGGGGAGACUAGCAGAGGAACAGAGGGUAAAAUACCUUACCUUGGUGAAGUAGGCACUGAGGAAUUCCUCAUGAAACUCACAUCUCAGAUCACUGAAAUGGUUUCAGCGAAAUUCACACAAGACAGUUUACAGAAUCAGGAAGUCCUCCAGUGGAUGAAAUCUUGGCCCAAAAAUUCCACAUCCUUACGCGUGCCAGGUUGUGACAGUGAUGACGAGACAAAAACCCCUUCGCCGUCUCCUCACCACGGCAGAUCCAGACCCCCCUCCCUCAUCGCAGACUCCUCCUCAGAGUCGGAUGAAGGAGAUGCCCGAGGAGAGAUGUUUGACAUCUAUGUAGCAACAGCGGACUACACGCCGACUCUGGCCAGCAAAGACUCCAUCUCCCUGAAGGAGGGACAGUAUGUGGAAGUUCUGGAUUCGGCUCAUCCGCUGAAGUGGUUAGUUCGUACCAAGCCCACAAAAACAACCCCAUCCCGCCAAGGCUGGGUCUCACCCGCUUACCUGGACAAAAAACUCAAGCUUUCUGCUGACUCGGGUGACCUUCCGGAAACCAGCACAGAGGAGGUCUCUGAGGGGGAAUACAAGAGAAAGCUGUUCCAACUGAUUCAAGAUUUGAUAAACGGAGAAUCAGAAUUUGUCAGGGAGGUGGAUUUCUUUACGUCCCACCACCAGAAGCACGCCGACUCCCCCGAUGCCGGUCGUGACAUUUCCAGCCAGAAGGAAACCAUUUUCAGGAACAUUGAAGAUAUCAAGACCUUCCACAGCAAGACAUUCUUUCCAAAGUUGAGUGACUGUGAAACUGAUGAUGAUGUAGCAAUGUGUUUCCUGAAGAACAAAGAAGGCUUUGAGAGGUAUCUCCAGUAUCUCGUAGGUCAGAGCCAGGCUGAAUCUGCUGUCAGCGACAAGACUGUGCACCGUUUCUUUAAGGACUACACAGACAAAGAGCAGGCCAGUGCCGACCCUGCAGGUCCCCCAGUGCGAAGCAUCAACUCCUAUCUCAAGCAACCCCUUGAGAGGAUUCAGAAGUACAAGGGCAUUCUCAAGGAUUUUAUCCGGAACAAGGCGAGAAAUGGCCAGAACUGCUGCCUGCUGGAGGAAGCGUACGCUAUGGUGUCUGCACUCCCUCAGCGCUCUGACAACACCCACCACGUCUCCCUGAUUGAGAACUAUCCGGCUACCCUGGAAGUUCUCGGAGAACCAAUAAGACAGGGACCUUUCCAGGUGUGGGAGGGGGCUCCUGGAAUCAGAUCAUCCUCCAGGGGCCACCACCGCCACGUCUUCCUCUUUAAAAACUACUGCAUCAUCUGCAAACCGAAGAGAGAUAGUAACACUGACACGCAAGCGUAUGUUUUCAAGAACAUGAUGAAGCUGAACAACAUCGAUGUGAAUGAAACAGUUGAGGGCGACGACCGCGCUUUUGAGAUCUGGCACGAGCGGGAAGACUCUGUGAGGAAAUACACUCUACAGGCCCGGACUGUUACCAUCAAGAACUCGUGGCUGAGAGACUUCAGGGAACUGCAGCAGCGAUUCAGCAUGCCGGCAUGGAAUCCUCCUGAUUUUGUAGAAAUUUUGGCAAACUGCACUGCAGAGUUGGGCCAAACGGUUAAGCUUGCCUGCAAAGCUACUGGUGUGCCCAAACCUGUCAUCACCUGGUACAAAGACGGCCGUCAAGUUGAGGCGGACCCUCAUCACAUCAUCAUUGAAGACCCUGAUGGCUCCUGCACUCUGAUUCUGGAUAACAUGACCGCCGAUGACUCUGGCCAGUACAUGUGCUUUGCCGCGAGCUCAGCUGGAAAUGCCAGUACUCUUGGAAAGAUCACUGUUCAAGUACCUCCUCGUUUUGUGACGAAGAUGAGGAAUUGUGUGUUUGUUGCCGGUGAAGAUGCUCAGUUUACUUGUGUCAUACAAAGUGCGCCCAGUCCCAAAAUAAGGUGGUUCAAGGAUGGACGGCUGCUAACUGACCAGGAGAAAUAUCAAACCUACAGUGAACUCCGCAGUGGGGUUCUGGUUCUGGUCAUUAAAAAUCUGACAGAAAGAGACCUGGGGCACUACGAGUGUGAGUUGUCUAACCGUCUGGGCAGUGCCAAGUGUGCGGCUGAUUUAGUCCUCCCCUCUGCUGCAGCCCGGACUGGUGAGAAGGCUAUCAUCAUUGAAGUUACCGAGCAGGAAACCAAAAUCCCAAAGAAAACCAUCAUCAUUGAGGAGACUAUUACCACCGUGGUGAAGAACCCACGGAUGAGGAGACACCGAUCCCCUGGUUUGAUUGUUGCUGGUGCGCACCGCUCUGAGACGUCCACACCCGAGCCCCCAUCAGCCAGGCCCAGGAGGAUGCCCGCCUCUAGGAAGACCACCAUCCCAACUCUUUAUGUCACUGAGCCUGCAGGCGCCGAGGCCAGGCCUGUGGAGAGCAAGCCCCGGUGGGUUGAAGUGGAGGAGGUUAUAGAGUAUAAGGUCAACAAGUCCCCCAGGCUGUCGAGGAGGAGAGGCGUCUCACCUGCAGGGUCUGAUCGCUCCGCCACGCCCUCAAGGGCGAAGAGGUCUGUGGAAAACCCAAACGCUAACAAUUCCAACAACAAGCUGGUGCAGCAAGAUGUCAGCGACCACCUGCUGCCUCAGGAGGAAGAGGGGUCUCUCGUUGCCACGGGGUCUCCUUAUGGAGAGCCAAGUGAGCUGUCGUCUGUUCUCUCUGAGGAAGACAGUGAAGAUCAGGAUGAUCUAACUGUCAUCUUUGAGUCUGAGGAGGAAAAUAAUGACUGUGAUUCAUCCAGAACACAGGAACCCGUCACCCUGAAACAAGGAGAUCACAUUUUGACUCUGGAAGACUUGGAGGAUUACGUCCCAGAGGAAGGGGAGACGUUCGGUUCUUCGAGCUCCCACCGAGGGGCUGAUGAAAAGCCCUGCGAGGUCUCCGUGCUCCAGAGGGAGAUUGGGGGGUCCACGGUGGGGCAGCCGGUGCUUCUCAAUGUGGGCCGGCCCCAUGCAGCGCCGCGGCAGAGGAGCGGCUUCUUCUGCCGCUUCAAGGAGCAGCUCUCCAGCAGUCUUUUCACGCCUCCUUUCCCGCAAGGCAGCGAAACCCGACGCAGGCCAGAGAGGAGAGUCCCGGUCCAAGUGAGCCACGCAAAGCUGGAGGUCCAACCCUCGUACUGCUCGGAGGUGCAGAGGGUCGAGGGCGGUCAGCAGAGCUUCAAAACUAAAGUGUCCACUCAAACUUACGGUUACACAUCCGUCGGAAACCCUGUCACUCUUCAAAUCAAAGAUAACCUCUAUCAAAAUCAAUAAGUAAACAUGUAACCUACUAAUAAAAACCCUUGUAGUCUUAAACAGGAACUUUUCUACUUUAGAAAAUGUCUCCAUUCAUAAAAAGAAAAAGAUAUGUGGGCUAGAUUUUCCAGAUCAUUCCAGUUUAACCCUUGUGCUAUCUUAGAUGACCCCACCCUUACAUUGCCGUGUUCUCCCUACCAUGACAAAGGUGGAUAAAGGUGGAAAGAUUCCAUGUAAUCCAUGGACACCAGUGAAGAUCAUAAAUCAUUGAAGAAAAAGGUUCAGAGUACUGUCUAGUGGGUCUAGAUGACCCAACUCCCAAUGUUAAAGUGCCUAGGAUAGCACAAGGGAUAAAAAAGCGAAUCAAAAAAGGAGACCGAUCCUCAAAGUUUUAUGAGAAACGGUGGAAACAAUAGAGUUUUUACACUAGAAAAGUGAAAGACUAAACAGGUUUAACUGAUUAAAACAGCUGGAACUUUGCUCCGGUUUUGUCCGCCAUUGACUAUAAAAGCUUCAAAAAAGGUUGCUUAUCAGCGAUCAUAAUUAUGGAUCUGGAGACACUAACUUAAAUUCUACUAUAUAUAGUAGAUAACUACUAUAUAUACUAUAUAUAUACUAUAUAUACAAUUUUUAUGAUAUUUUAAUAUGCAGAAGAGGCUGAAGGUACGAUUUCUUCUGCAGGAGAAUCUGGAUGAUGCUCAUGAGGGAUUCAUAAUGUCAGAGCAAAAACUGAUCUUUUAGUUUGCUUAUGGAUGUGCAAACACGUCUCUUUGGUUUGAUCUCUUGGAUUUAUUGCUUCGUUUAUCUCUUCAUCCUCCGUUCUUGUAUAUUUACCGGCCCUUGAAUGGUGGAAAGCGAUAACUGAAGUAUUAUUUUAAUCCACUUAAGACGAGUCUCAGUUUCAUUUUGUUCUUUGAAUGACAAGCAAAACAACAAAAAUAUGUUAAGAAGUCAAAUAAAACAGUUGAUCUUGUCAUUUUCCAUUGUUUUCAUGUUGCUUUUGUUAAACACAGAAUUUCAGAAAAUCGAUUGCAUAUAAGAAGAUAAAAGAAAAAACUUCUGAAAUUUAGAAAUGUAUGUGGUUGUUAUUUUUAUUGCAUUUGGGUUUUGGGUUUCUUGAGCACAAAAUAUUGUAGUUAGAGGAUUUGUCAUUUAAAUCCACAGAUGAACGAUCUAAGUAGAAAAUAUUUCUUCACUGCUGGUUUUUACUUUUCUUUACGGCUAUUUUAAUCUCUUAAGACUAAAGUAAAGAACCGUAUUUCUCAACUAUCUUACAUGGAAGCAGAUGUUCUGCUCAGACAAAGUAGGUAUUAUUACAGGUUAUUUACCACGUGUGACUGCAUGAACUUGCUUUUACUCAGAAUGAACCUUUUUGCUCAGAGAAAUCAGAACUUUUACUCUUUGGUGUGCAGGAUUGGAGCUUUUCUCUGCGCCGUCUCGAACAAUUUCCUCUUCCUUACAAAUGUGUGUGGUUUGUGCUGUUGAAAAGAUGUAAUUUAGAGUAUGUUGUGUAAUUUUACAGCACUAAUGGAUUGUAAUUGUAAAGUACACAUGUAGUUUUGGACAAAAAGGCUGAAUAAAAGUACUGAAAUAAA